AUGUAAACAUUAUUAAAUGAUACUCUAAUUGAUUCGAAAAAUAUUGCAAAUAUUGAAUAUCAUUUUGAAUCAAAAAAUUUUGAUUUAAGAUUUUUAUCUAUAACUGUUGAUCCAUACAGAUAAUAUAAUCAAACCAAUAAAAUUUAGAUUGCUUGCCACUUUAAUGAUUAAUCUGACCCUUUGAUUGAACAUUGUUUCAAAUUCGUUGAUUUUUGUGAAGGAGGAUGGGUUGUGUCAGAUAAUUUAUGUUUAGUAGGACAUAUUGGAGGUUUUUGUGAAGAAUGUGACAUGUAUGAUAUAAGAGGACAAGGAAAUUAUUUAAAAAAUUAAUUAAACACAUCUUGUUAAGAUUGUAAAGAUGCAAUUAAUAGUGAAUUUCCAUUUGUUCUUACAUCAAUAUUUUAUUGUAUAUAAAUAUGA